AUGGCAUUUAUUCCAAGAUAUUAUGCUGAACAUACUGGUUACUUAAAUAUUAAAAGUGAUAAUACAAUAAUAGAACGUGUUAUAAUUCCUAUGACUUGUUUUUGUGAUAUAAAAUUACAUCAAAUUUCACAUCAUAUUGAAGGAAAUUCUAGUUAUGAGGGUUACGGAAGGUUUGCAAUAAUAUUAAAGAAAUCUUGGGGAAUUGAAAAAGGUAUUCAACCAGUCCAAUAUGUAACUCCUAAUUCUUUACUUCAGAAACAAUUUACUAAGUCUUUUAAUUUAUAUUCUCAGGCACUAGAUACUGAAGAAACUACAAAAUUAUGGGAUGAUAUAGCCGAUAUUUUAUUAGAACAGCUCAGAUUUAUGAAACCAUUAUAUGGAGAAAUGCCCAGAAAUGGUCAAAUUAUAAAAAAUAAAAAUUUUACAGAUGAAAAAGAAUGGCGCUUUGUUCCGAAAAUUAAGAAUAAUAUAGCACCUGAAAUACUCUUUGAUCCAAUAGCUGGCUUAGAAACUUCUGAAAAAGGGAUUGGUACACAUAAUGAAGCAAUUGCUCUUAUUAAAAAAGCUCGACUUCUUUUUGAAGUUUCAGAUAUCAAAUAUUUGUUAGUUGAAUCGGAAGAAGAUGCACAAGAAUUAUCAACCUUUAUUGAAAAGCUUAGAGGAAAUCGUUUAAAUAGACAAGAUAAAAUCACAUUAAUUAGAAAAAUUAUAGUUUAUGAUGAUAUGAAAGGAGACCUUUGA